AUGGCCCAAACAGCGUCGUUGCUCAGCGCGGGUAAAGCGGUCUCGCAACAAUUCGAUACGCAGCACCUCAAGAUAAAUGGAAAGACUUCCUCUCCGGCUGCAAGUACCCUCACGAAGGCUUUCUCGCUUACAGCCAAGCUCCCUAUCACCGACCUCUACUCUGGCUCUCUCGACUCGGAGAACGCAGGACUCGCCCUAAAGAAGCAGAUCAUACAAGGACUCAGCGGCAACAAAAAUUGCAUCGUUCCCGGCGAUGUCAACUCGCCUGAGGACAUCGCCUUCAAGUACUCCAAGACCCUGCCUGUCACCAUUCUCUACGACGAGACUGGACUCAAGAUCUACGAUGAGCUUACCAAGGUAGAUGAAUACUACCUCUUCAAUGCAGAGCUCAGCAUUUUGAAACAACACGGUCCCGAAAUUGCCAGACGCUGUUUCGGCUUCGAGACCAAAGACACUCAUCGCUUCAAGGGGUUCAUGAAGGAUGCAGUUGCACACGAGUCUGGCAGAACCGUCGUCGCUUUCGAAAAAGGGUUUGGUCCAGUUGGCACCCCGUUGAGUAACGGCUGCAGCAAUGGCGGCGCCGAGGAGGAACGAAAGCAGGAACGAAAGCAGGAACGAAAGCAGGAACGUAAGCAGCGCAUCCCGCUUGAACCUAACCCAGGCAUCGCCGCAGAUAAAGAAAAAUGGGGUGAUGAUAGGGUGGGUCGCUUUAAUGGGGGAGUCAAUGGAGAGGAAGGUUUUGACGACCUCGGUGGCGUCACCUCGACGAACGAGUCAUUUGCCAAUGGCAACCAUUGCCCCAGCCAGGCUCCCAGUUCGCCUGUCAUGAACAUGGUAGAGCUGGGAGCCGGGUCCCUUCGCAAGAGCGUGCACGUCAUUCGCGCACUCGCAGACCUUCCAACACGUAACACAAACCAUAACAACAUUCGGCCCGGGGUCGUGUAUCAUGCCUUGGACUUGGACAAAUCGGAGCUCGAGCGCACCUUGGGCGAUCUCAAGGCACAAGAAGGCAAAGAAUCGGAGGCAUUCGAACCUACAGUCUGUGACGGCGCAGUCGGACUCCAUGGCUUAUGGGCCACUUACGACCAAGGCCUCGACUUUAUUGGCAAGGGUGGACUUGCUCCCAAAGAUGGCUCCACCGAAGGCCGACGUGCCUUACUCUGGCUAGGUAGUUCGAUCGGCAACUUUGACCGCAGAGGCGCGGCCGAAUUUCUUGCGCAGGCUCGUCGGUCCGCCAUGCGUCCCAGAGAUACAAUGCUCAUCGCCAUAGACAGGCGCAAUGACCCUGUCGAAGUAGCAAAAGCUUACAACGAUAGCCAUGGCUGGACGACGCGCUUCAUCAUGAAUGGUCUCGAACAUGCGAACCGUAUUCUGGGCACCAAUGCAUUCAACUCCUCCAUGUUCGAGUAUCACGAUAGGUACAACGACAUUGAAGGCCGCCAUGAAAGCUAUUAUCGGUCGAAGGCUGCGCAGACAAUCACUUUGCCCGCUCUUGAUGGAUCAGUCGGUUCAGCGCAGACAGUCGAACUCGAGGAAGGCGAACUCAUACACGUCGAACGCAGUCACAAGUACAGUGAGAGUGAGGCACUAGAUAUCUUUGAUGCAGCUGGCUUGCGUGUCAUGCAAAAGUGGACAGAUGCCACAGAUCGCUACGACCUUUGGCUUGUGGAGAACCCUGGCUUCCACUUCCCUUCCAGCACCCUGUUCACCGGCAUGCGUCAUGAUGUUAACGCCGGCUUGACCGAGUCGGAGGCCAUUGAUUACCGGGGAAGUCACGAGUACGACUCGGACGGAAAGACGGGAUCCAACGGCGUCGCUGGUCCCAAGGUUUUUAUGGACUGGGGUGUCCCUAGUCUUGAGUCCUGGAACACGAUGUGGAAAGCCUGGGACACUGUCACCCUCACCAUGAUACCAAAAGAGUUGCUUCUCCAGCGUCCCAUCGACCUUCGUCACAUGUGUCUUUUCUACCUGGGUCAUGUGCCUGGCUUCAUUGACAUCAAUAUCGCCCGCUUUUUCGACGAGCCUCAUCUCAAUGAUCACUUCUCGGAGAUCUUUGAACGCGGAAUCGACCCCUCGAUGGAAACAGGCGAAUGCACUCACUCCCACAGCAAGGUGCCCGAACGCCCGGAGGACUGGCCGCGAGUGGAAGAAAUUGUGGCGUACAAGCAAAGCGUCCUUGCUCGACUCGAAUGUCUAUACCAGGAUGUCGCCAAUGGACUGCGCACGAUGAACCGCCGCUUCGCGCGCAUGAUAUGGAUGGUCUAUGAGCACAUUGCCAUGCAUAUGGAGACGCUUCUCUACAUGCUUAACCAAACUUCAUGGACGCUGCCGCCAGCGGGCUUCAAUACCCCCGAUUGGGCCACGCUUGCGAGGGAUUGGGAAGCAGCGGAUGCAGUGCAAGGUGGCGAAGAUGCUCGCAAUGCCACAUUCAAGUUCAAGUUAGCCACGGUAACACUUGGUCACCUUGACGACGAGGCCCACGACGAAGAAUACAAGGUUCUCAGUCCAAGUUCGGAUGUCAAUAGUCUCAACAAGCAGAUGGGCAACCCUGAAUUCGGCUGGGACAUUGAGUCGCCUCCUCGCAAAGUUCACGUGCCAGCAUUUUCUGUGACAGUUGCGCCUAUCAAUAAUGAACAGUAUGCCAAGUUUAUGGCCGCCACGGGGCGCAAAGACGCGCCGGCUUCGUGGGCUCUAAUCGGCGACAAGCACUAUGUCCGCACGGUGUAUGGCCCCGUGAGCAUGAAAGCAGCUCGCCUUUGGCCUGUCCAGGCAUCGGGCGUGGAGCUCGAGGCGUACGCCAACUGGAAAGGAGGUCGAUUACCAACUCAUGCCGAGCUGCGCCGCUUCCUCGACGCUACGCAUGGGCCGAACUGCACCGAUCGCCCAGGCACUAAUAUCGGUUUCCGCAAUUGGCAUCCUGUUCCAGCGCAGCUGGCCAAGAAAGACAAGGAUGGCACCAUCCUUUCGGGCCACAAUGGCGGCGUCCUUGAAUGGACAAGCACUCCCCUCGAGUCUUUUGAGGGUUACAAGCCAUCCAAGCUCUAUCCAGGCUACUCGAGUGACUUUUUUGAUGGAACUCACUGGAUCUUGCUUGGUGGAAGCUGGGCCACCGUGCCAAGCAUUGCUGGCCGCAGGAGCUUUGUCAAUUGGUAUCAGGCAAAAUAUCCUUACGUGUUCGCUGGAGCCCGUGUUGUGUAUGAUGCUUGA